AUGGCCCGAUGGCAUGCACUAUCCUGCGGGGCCCCUCGCGUCGAGGUUGGGGGAGAUUCGGUCCCUAGUUGCCAAGCCUGCGGCAAUUCUGCUCAUCAGCUGCUGCGCGAUCUCACAGAGCACCCUUCCAGUCCAGCCCCGUCGCCCCCACCUGAUGAACCACCGGGCAAGCUCAAUCUUAGCUGGCCAUCAACUGUAACUUAUACACGAACCAAGUCGCACAGAUGCGGCUUCGAGUCUGGAGAAACAGAGUCUUUGGCUUGCUUCAAGCUCUCCGAGGGAACUUGUCGACGCGAUGAUUCGAGUUCCAGAAGGCAGACCCCGCAUGCGCAUGAUCGAGCUCUGGGAACAGACGAAUUCCGCCUGAUUCGCCUAGUGGCGAAGGAGAAUGAGCCCCCGGAAGAUGUGAUUCAUUUGCUGUUGGAAACCUACUCAGACAGGGAGUUCCCGGAAUACGAGGCCGUUUCCUACACAUGGGGUGGUGAGGAUGGAGAUGCUACCUUGCGCCACCCUGUCUACGUCGGCGAAUACUGGGAUAUCCUACCCCAGACACGCAACUGUUGCGCCAUGCUCCGCUAUCUACGACCAUCACGGGGUGAGCGGGUGGUUUGGGUCGACGCAAUUUGCAUUAAUCAGAAAGAUUCAAAAGAGAGAGGUGAACAAGUCGCCAAGAUGGGUCGGAUCUAUUCGCAAUGCUUCCAAGUUGUUAUUUGGCUGGGGGAUGACCUCGCAUUCAAGCCCUCAAAAGUCUUUGCAACAAGACAUUCUUUUCACGAACUUGAAAGCUUGGAGAUCUUGAUGCCAACAAUAAAGGGAUCUACAACUCCCCUGAACAGACUCACCAUCCAAAAGCUCCUUGAGCGUAGGUACUUCAGCCGGGCAUGGGUCCUUCAAGAGCUGAUCCUUGCGGCGCGGGUUAUUAUCCCUAUCGGGGAUAUGGUAUUCUCAGUGGACCCUUUAAUGACGGAGCAUUUAAAUCAGUUGACAGGAUACACCUGGUCGUGGGAACAAACAAGAGCGCCUUGGUUUCAACACGCAACACGAGGCUUACUCUUACCGAAGAGCAUGUUUGAACUGUUACGUUUAGCCUGGGAAAGCCGCUCUUCAGAUGUCAGAGACAAGUUCUACGCUGUUUGGGGUCCUUAUACUUUGAAACCCAAUGGCAUUCAAAUUCAGCCAGAUUACAGCAUCUCUCUCCAGCACCUUGCGACCGGCUUCUUUGCCCACUCUAUCAUCAAUGAGGGAGCCUCUCAACUACUCCUCAAGGCCUCGGGUGCCUAUGCAGAAGUCGGAAUCCCUUCGUGGAUGCCCAACUGCAAGGACCCCGUUACUUGGGAGAAACUCUUUGGAAAUGAGGGUGAAGAAACCCCCAGCUGGGACCAGAUGGAGAGGAUCGUAUCCAUAUCACAGGAUUCCAAGAAAGACGCGUAUUUCCGAUUUACUACCAGUCCACCUACUGAAGCCGAUGCGCCGAAAACCAUCGGCAGAAGGCUUUGGUAUCAAGACGCGACAGUGGACGCUGAUUCGGGGGCCAUGACUCUCAAUCUGACAAAACUAUUCACCAUUGGCGGCUUCAAGCGGGCAAAUGGAGACAAAGGUUUAACCUGGUACCAAUUCACCUGCAUGAAAGCAGAUCUCUAUCUAGGAAGUAUCUUAUUGGCGAGUCGAAGCAAACUCGAUACGACAGUGGAAGUCGAGGACGAGGUCUACCUCUUUGACAACAACACGACGGAGCCUAUCUAUCUCGUCUUGCGCCCCACAGGGAAUCAACUGGAGUUUAAGUUGAUAGCAGCGUGUCCUUAUUGCGUUUGCACAUUCCCUAAUAAUGAAUUUUUCCAUUCUUCAGGAGAUCAUCGCCAAGGCCCCAAGGUUGGAACCAUCCCCAUCACAGAUCUCCAGCAAAGCCUAUACACCGACCUCAUGCACCUUCACAACUGUCUUGAACAAACUACUGCAAAUGGUUUUAUUAGAGAUGACCUAAUUCCCGGCAUGCAACCGACCUCUCAGCUCAAGGAACUGUUUCCUCUUGUGCUGGGACUCGUAAAUGACGCGUUUAGAGACAAAUUUAAAUCGUGGGGAACCUUCGGGGGAGCCUACCUUAACGUGGUACGCCCAUAUUGCAGGUGGGCUGAAAUAUCCAACGGCCGUAUCACGGUGUCGUUAGGUAAAGAGUUCCAAAAUCUGCAGAGCAGUAGGUACGGUGAUGUGAUGCAGGGACAGGGGUGGUGGAAAAGGACGCCAGGCCAAUUCAAGCCUGAGGAGGGUGUGGUAUCAUACCACUUAGAAGAUAUCAAGCAGCGACUCUUCCGCCCUUCUCCGGAUUACCCUUGGGUGAUCGAAUUCCUUCUGGGCCUCCAAGGGUCCGACGUUGGGGACAGGAUAAUGGAUCCACCAAAAGAAGAGGAUCACUUCCGAAAAGCGAGUUUUGGUGGGCGGCACCGAGUUUUUGAGGGCCUGCAGUUAGACGGCAGAACCUUUCCAGUUCGGAUAGUUUAG